ACACGCUGUCCCACUGACCCUGGUUCUGAUAACACAACACAAGGGCACUAACAGCUUCCUUUGGGGUGUAGAUACGGGCGAAGACGGAGGACAAAUCGAAACCGCGCAUAAUCUGAAAUUCGAACCAAAAGCCUUGUACCACUUAACCACAUUGUGUCACUCAAGAACGAGAUACUUCAACACCUAUCUACACGACCUUGACCCUUACCACGCAAUGUCGCAACGACACAAGGAAGCUAGGUUCAAUCCUAAGCUGCGGCCUGACAUGACACCGCAACAGAUAGCCGAAAUGUUUGACGACUUCGCCGAUGACUAUGACGAGGAAGUAGUGGCUAAGGGGCUACGUGCUCAUGAAGUUGUCGGCGACUUCAUGGCCAAGACGUACCCGGAGAGUGACCGGUCCAGUGUGAAAGUUCUGGACGUUGGGGCAGGAACAGGAUUCGUCGGCAUUAAGCUGAAGGAGCUAGGAUUUUCCUACAUCGAUGCCCUGGAUCCAGCUCAGAAAAUGUUGGAUAUAGCAAAAACCAAAAACGUCUACCGUCGCCUGCUCUGUGCAUUUAUGGACAAAAACAGGGUGGAGGAAAUCGAAACAGAUUUCUACGACUGCAUAACGGCUACGGCAGCCUUCAACGAAGGUUUGGUACCAUGUAAUGCCUUCCCCCAGAUGAUCAGAAUCGUUAAGCCUGGUGGACGGAUAGUUUUCACAGUUCCACAAAAGAACAUCGAUAAUGCUGUCGAGUAUCGUGGCCGGUUAAUUCCCUUGAUAGACAAGAUGGCGGCGGAGGGGGUCUGGGAGGUGACCGCAGUACCCCUGGCUGACGGCCAACUGGCCCAUUCUCUAGGUCCCGGGUUUCUUUACAGUUUAAAAGUAAACGUGUCUGAGAAAUAUUUUGAGAUUUAAUAAAGUUCUCUCUUUGAA